AUGGCUUGGAUAUCCAUAUUACUGUUCGUCCUCGCAUCGGCUCCAACAUUGGCCCACAUUGACCGACAACGUAUAGUUUCCAAGUACAAUGUAGUCCGCUCCAAGCUGAUCACCAAAGAAACGACGCCUCUCCAAGUGGGCAAUGGGAACUUUGCAUUCAACGUAGACAACACUGGAAUGCAGACAUUCCUUCCAUUCAAUACACUUUCCAGUUGGGGCUGGCAUAAUGACUCUGUGCCAAGCAAUGGAGAGAAGAUCGACGAUUACCAAGGAGUCAGUAUGCUAACUCAUGGGCGCAAUGUCUCGUACGACAUUCCCGAUCCUGACCUCCCUGAGGCAUCGCAAUGGCUCGUCGCCAACCCCAACCGUAUCAACCUAGGCCGAAUUGGUCUUCGGUACAAGGGCUCAUUGAUCUCGGUGUCACAAACUACAGAGCCAUCUCAGAAGCUCGACCUGUGGAAUGGGGUGAUCGUGUCUACAUUUCGGAUCGAUGGGCAGCCCGUCAGCGUCGUGACUCAAGGGGACCUUGACUCCGAUUCAGUGACAUUCCAUGUCGAGUCGAACCUAGUCGCGACCGGUGAUCUAUCCGUCGAGCUAGAUUUCCCCUAUCCUCCAAUUCAUUCAACUAAGUAUAAGUACGAGGUCUUUGUUGGUGUUUAUGACUUUCCGCAGAAUCAUACUACCUUGCUUCUGGAAGAUUCAAAAGCAAAUACGGCGCAUAUACGGCAUGAAAUACAAGAGAUGCAAUACUUUGUGAAUUUGCAAUGGGAUCCUGAAGUCCCGCUUCGGCUCUCUCGGGAAGAGAAUAAAACUCACCGAUACACUCUCAAGCCCGAAUCAUCAUCUACCAUAGCUUUCAUAGCAAAUUUCUCACCACAGAAACAAGCAGCCGGUUCGCCACGAGCAGUUCGGGAGCGCAGCUCUACGGCUUGGAACCAGUACUGGGCUCAGGGAGGCUUUGUCGAUCUCACCUCCUCAUCAAACCCCAAAGCAGACGAGCUGCAGCGCCGAAUUAUCUUAUCACAGUACCAUAUUCGGGUCAAUAGCGCAGCCACAGGGCAGUCACCCCAAGAGAGCGGCUUGAUGAACAACGGGUGGUAUGGCAAAUUCCACAUGGAGAUGGUGGUAUGGCAUAAUGCACAUUGGGUGACAUGGGGUCGGAAGCAACAUUUCGGUGAUAUAUUCCCAGCCUUAUAUGAAACAUUGCUCACGUCAUCGACCAAACGGGCAACAUCGAUGGGAUGGGAUGGAGCCCGGUGGCCAAAGAUGACUGAUAUUGAGACUGGAGUAAGUUCUCCGGGAGGUAUUAAUGGUCUCCUCCUAUGGCAGCAGCCUCACCCCAUGUAUCUAGCCAGAUUAGCUUACCAGGCAUCGCCCACACAAGACACCCUUGAGCGAUGGGAUCGCGUGUUAACCGCCACGGCGGAUUAUAUGGCGUCUUACGCUUGGAAGAACACAAGCUCGGGCUUUUAUGAUCUGGGGCCCCCGUCUUAUGGUGUAACGGAGAACACGCCUCCCAUCAAAAGCCGCAAUCUAGCCUAUGAGAUCGCCUACUGGAGAUACGGGCUCGAUAUCGCCCGUGAGUGGAAGAGGAAACUCGAUCAGCCCAUUCCCAAUAUAUGGACAGUAGUGGCGGAAGGCCUCGCUCCCCCUCCUCAGAUUGACGGCCUCUAUACGGUUUAUGAAGGGUUAAAUAGUUCUUGGUGGAAUGACACUUCCUUAACAAAAGACCCUCGUAGCUUGAUCAUGCUGCAAGGUAUCCUACCCGACACACCGGCGGUUGAUCCACAAGUUGCAUUACGAACAGCAAACAAGGUAGGAGAAAUUUGGACUGACGAUAAGAUUAGGGGAUGGGGUAGGCCCGUUCUUGCAAUCAAUGCGGCACGGAUUGGGAAUCCGGAGCGAGCGAUAUAUCACCUAACCGCGUUCGACUAUUGGAAUUUUGAUGAUGCUGGAUUUGCCGAACGUGGAGGAGAUGGAGGAACUCCUCCCCCUUUUAUGCCUGGUAAUGCUGGGUUACUUUAUGCCGUGGCAUACAUGGUUGCUGGUUGGGACGGAUCUCACGGCGAUACUCCCGGAUUCCCUCAGGACGGCAGUUGGGUAAUUAAGCAUGAAGGAUUACUCAAGGCUCCGUAG